AUGCACAAAAGAUCGAGUUUUAAAUUUUCCGAUAAGGUCCUCAUAUCUUCCCAGGUUGGUUGGUUCUCAGAUUAUCAGUUCGGUCCAAGUAAAUCAAGUUCUUGUAAUACAUAUGCUCAUCAAGAGGAGCUGAUGGAUACAAACAAUUUUACUGGUUCGAAGUUCUGUAGAAUGUUCAGAGAAAUGUCGAAUGAGGUUUUCAACAUUUUGCCUGAUCAUUACACAAACUACAGUCCUACUGACAAUGGGAAACUAGGCCCCUUUGUGCUAGGGAAAGAGGUGGUGUUUAUUGACAAGAAUUAUAACAAUGUAAAGCUUAUGAUACGGAAUGUCAAGUGCAAGAACGCGAGUUUUGAUGGAAAAGCAAGUAAUGCAAAGGUGUCAGCGGUGUUCAGAUUGGUUCCAACACAAGUAAACCGUAACACAGCAUCAUCUAGGACUGGUUUUUCGGGCAUGACACUAUCAGCUGAGGGCACAUGGGAUGCCUCCACAGGGAGGCUUUGUAUGGUUGGAUCUGUUCCAAAAGGAAUGGAAGCUAAAGUUUCUAUGUAUUUUCCUCGAGUACUAACCAUUAGGCAGAGAAGUAUUGUGUACGGAAGCAUAGAAGGCUUAUUCUCACCAUUGCAUUUAAAUUUUGUUCAGGAACCCAGCCAUCUGGAAUUUAGAUAUGGUUGGUAUGCUGGCUCUUAUUUGUCAUACAAUUACUCACAAAUCAAGCAGGCUGAUGAGUUUCGGAAGAGAAGCCAGUCAUUCAGCAUCAUCCGUUUUUCUCAGCAGUCUGUUUUGAGGUAUCCAACAAUUCAAGAAGCAGGAGGCUUCUUCACUCUAUCUCAAAUCUACGAUCUCACAAAUGAAUUAUACAUUGAUACAGAAGUUGCUUUUGUAUCUGGUGUAUCAAUCAAGCUGGAAGUGCUCUCUAUAGGUUCAUAUAUUGCACGAUAUGACUUCCUGUAUAAAGUUAGCCAUGAAGGGAUUUUGGCAGACGCUAAAACAGUAUUCAAUAAUGACACUCUCCUGAAUGUUUCAGUGCAGCUGACAGUCUUUGAAAAGUCCCCUGCAUCUUCAAGCACAAGACGAAGAUCUACCACUACUAUGUUCGCAGAAGGGUUCUAUGAUCCUCAUAAUGGGAUGAUGUAUUUGAUUGGGUGUGGACAGGCUAACACAGGUGUUCACGUACAGGGUUUAGACUGCUUGAUGGAAACAACAGUUCAGUACCCACCAAAGAAUUUUCGAUGGCUGAGGGAUCCAACAAUUGAAAUUGAUGUAAAAAGCCAAAGAUAUACUGAUGAUCCCCUCUACUUCCUUCCAAUGAAAAUCAAGAGCAAAACAAUUGCAUACGAUAUAUUUAAACAGGACAAUCAUGAAGGAGAUGUGGCAUUCCGGAAGAUCUUUGAAGGAGUUCUUCAGGUUGCAGUCCUUUUAGUGGACAUUUCCAUAAUACGGAGUCAACAGAUUUACAUGGACCAAUAUACAGGCCUUGCUUCUUCUGUAUCUUCUUAUAUGUUUCCCUUGCAGAUUUUUAGCUAUUGUAUACUGCUAAUCAUUGGUAAAGAGAUUCUAUUGCCCUCAAAGGAAGCCGUCUCCUAUCAUCCAUAUGAUCUUCUUGCAUAUCAACCAGUGUUAAAAGGGCUAGACUAUGCUACAAAGCUUCUUGCAUUAACAGCUCUUUUUCUCACCACAAGGCUUUUUUGCAAUGUUACUAAAUCCAGAAAAAAGCUAAAUGAAGAGGAACCUUCCAACACACUGCUUACCUUUGGUGAUUGGCAUUACUUUCUCACCUUAAUCCGGAGAUUUAUUUUUGUAUAUAUAGUUUUUCUUGCAUUCGUCUUGCUGUCUCCACUUAGGGAAGAAAAACACAUAAUGGAGAUUGUUCAAGGCCAACUGGUUGGUUUGCUUACAGUAUUUGGAAGCUGUUCUCGUAAUCUGCCUCUCUCAGCCCAUAUUAUUGAAAGCUCGCAUUGGAAACACCAGGCAAAGUCUCUCCGUUUACUACAUCGGGCUCCCAUUGCUGCAGAUUAUGCUUAA